ACGGCUUCUGGGACUCAGAGAUGCGUUACUGCGCCUACACAUUUCUUCACCGUGCUGUAGUGGCCGUGAACUCACCGCUAUCAUCUGACACGCUAGUGACCGGGCGUUGGUUGUGGUAUGACCGGCAGCAGCGGCCGCCGGCCGAAACAUGUAAGCGCGUCGGCGAGCGUGCGAUGAAGCAUAUCUGGAAAGCGGCCCUGCGCAGACACUACGCGAGCAGCCAUGCCAGUUUGCCGUCCGUGAGGCAUCGCGCCUCCGGGACCGCCCGGACCGGUAAUCUGCUGCGGUUGGCCCCGAUCCGGUCGGCCUACUACCCCGCUUGCUGCGCUCUCCUCGCGAGCCGCCGCCGCCUGGGUUGCUGCCUCGCGGCACCGGCCAUGCACUUCUCGACCAGCAGCACGGCCGCCGAGUUCGGCAGCGCCGCCGACGAGCCUAUGUUCCGGCCCCGGCGAGCCCUGGUGCUCACCAAGUUCUCGCGAUACGAGUUCGAGAAGCGGCGCCACGCGCACCUCACCGAGGAGCAGCUGGUGCAAGAUCUGGAGUCCCGAGGCUCGGACUAUAACAGCCUUGUCCAUCACCACAAGAUCCACACCAAGAACCGGGAGCUGGUGGUCAACACUCUUAGGGAGAAUGGCAUUGAGACUCGACUCGUGGACCGGUUCGACUACACUGACAGCAACAUCGACUGGGCAGAUGUCAUCUUCACGACAGGAGGCGAUGGCACAUUUCUUAUGGCAGCCAGUAAAAUCCACACGCGUGACAAGCCCAUCAUAGGCAUCAACAGUGAUCCUUCCAGGUCUGUCGGAUACCUAUGCCUUCCUGGCCACUACACGGAAAACUUCCCGCUGGCCCUGAAGAGGCUACUGACAGGCAAAUUUCAGUGGAUGUGGCGACAGCGGCUGCGGGUGACCCUCAAAGGCGAGCAUGCGUUUGAUGCACCAGUGGAGCUUCAUGACCAGCAGUUGCAGUACCCCGAGUACCGCUUCCUCGACUGCUGGCAGGAGCAGCACCGAAAGCCCACCGCGGACGACGGGGCCACGCAGCACUCAUUGGGCGACGCCGUGCACAUGCUCCCCGUUCGGUCGCUCAACGAGGUGUUUGUUGGCGAGUCUCUCUCUUCGCGAGUGUCCUACUACGAACUCUCGGUGGAUGGCUCGCCACGGACGAAGCUCAAGAGCUCGGGUUUGACUAUCUGCUCGGGUACGGGGUCCACCUCGUGGUCCUUCAACAUCAACAAGGUCACGCCUCAGUGCAUACAGAGGAUUCUCGACAUUGUGACUGCGGAGACUGGUGUGGACCUACCAACACGGGACCCAAAGCUCAUUGAGCGCGUCACAACGAAUUUCAACAACUCGCUUAUCUUCGACCCCUCCAAGUGCCUCAUGGCAUACACCAUACGGGAUCCUGUUGUCUUUGGAACAGACUUCAACAGCAAACCCCGUGGCUUUGCCAAGAGGAUUGAAGUGAAGUCGAGGAUGUUUGAUGCCUGUCUUGUCAUCGACGGUGGCUUAUCCUUCGUUUUUAACGACGGUGCAACGGCAGUGUUCGAGAUUUUCGACGAGGACGCUUUGCGGACAGUGAAACUUUCUGACUGAUCUUCUCUCUCUUUUGUUUUUCGAAGUGCAAAGGCUGUGUUCUAAAUCUGCAACUUUUGCCAGUUGCAGCUCAGUUUUGGUGAGAGCAGGGAGUUUUGUCAAAGCCGAACUUGUGUGCAUCAUUGCAGAAGAGCUUGGGUGCUCAAGUUGUUUUCCCUCUCUAGUGUACCAUUUCUCACAAGUGCCUUUAAGUAAGUUAGAACAAUUAUUCAUUUAGUACAUUUGUUUUAUCCAUCUUCAUUGUCUUAAGCAUUGCGAGAAAAUCACUCUUGCAGUCUAAAGUUUCUUUAUGUUCUUGCUGCUCAAUGCUGAGUGAAUUUUUUUAGCUAAAUGGAUUUCUUGCCUAAAUAUGGUGUGGUCUUGGUUUCCUCAGAACUUCUUCUUUGACUUCGUCAUGCGUUUUGUGGCAAAGCUAACCAAGAAUUGUAUCAGAGGGGCGGGGAGGUCAUUAUACAUAUUUUUUGUAUAUCGCAGCUCUAUUUCGUGGGCAUUUUGUGUGGAGUGCUUUUUUGCUUUCCUGAAUUUGAGGUGCAACUGGAUAUGUUGCAUUCUUUCUUAUUGCCUGUGUCUAUGUACAUAGAGAUGGCAAAUUUGUUUUAACAAUGCUUGGGACUUGCUCCAUCUAUCCUCUUCCCUUCAAUGCAUUUUCUUCUAUUUUUGUCGGAUCUAAUGCCGGCUUGAAGUCAUUAGUAAAAAUUUAAAAAUAUAUUUUUAUAUGUAUGUUUGCCUCAUUGAAGUCUUAAGAAAAAGUGUCUUUAUUUAGUUGCUGUUGGGCUAGUUGGUGUAUGUCUGAAUUCAGUAGUCAAUUUAACAGCAAACUCACGACCUCAUAAACUAAGAAAACACAGACAGGUCGACAGGUUUUUCCGAAGGUUAUCAUUACACUGUACAAACUUUUAACGCUGAGAUGGCUUUAAAAUUUUUUUUGAUAUGUAGACAAUUUCGUGAUUUUGCUAACAAAUUUGAUUGAUUUAGCAAACCAUGUUUUGGUGGAUAAUGUUUUAGAGGCCCUUUGAGAGAGCAGACUAGGCUUGUGCUUUAUGAUGAGCUGCCUGAUAAUGGGGUCUUGCAGUUUCUAGAUUUAAAACUGACCCUUAAUGACAAUCGUGUUUAGUGGUGUUUUUGCUCUCGUGCAAGAAGGGCCUUUUACCCUUUGGUUCGGUCCACUCAAAAACUGUGAAUAGGGGUAUUGCAAUGCUUUUCCUGGGGUCCACACUUCGGAAGCAGUGUCUGCAUCUCAUGCCGUAUAGUUUUAGCUCAGAACUAGACAGUUUAGAGGCCACUGGGUUUCUUUGCUCGAUGUUGUUUGCAGUUGUCGAAAGUAAAAAAAAGACGGUGGAUGACGUUUGACACGUGUUGGCGCUGCACUUCAUAUUUUCACGGGUCUUCGUAGUCACUUGGACCUUCGCAAGACUGAAGGUAUGGUGGCUAGAAUUGGGAGGUGUGAAAUGCGCUGAGGCACCCACUCCCCAAAGUGCACCGAUGCAGCGAGGUGUGCGUGUUCUAGUAACAUUGGUGUGUGUGGCAUUGAAGAGACGACGUACCAUGUAGCCUUGUUUGUGCUGGAGGAACAUGACCCGUGCUAUUUUUUGGAAUCGCUUUUUCUCAGCGUGUGCAAUAAUAAGAGUUUGACUUCAUCCUUUUGUUUGAAAAAUAGCACUCCCAUGCAUUAUCAGGCUGCACACCGAGUAGCACUGCACACUAGCAAUAUCGUUCGAGGCAUGUCCGGCAUGCUACUUAAUUUUAGCACAGUUUUUUUUUCCUGCUUCUGCCCUGCUAUUUUUCUAAUUGCAAUUAUGCAUCCCUGCAACUUAUUGAAGUCAUAUUCAAUACUUAUCGAUAUUGCUAUUUUGGACCCGUUACUAUUCUCCUGGCUGCUGGUGAAAAGGUCGUGUGUACGCUUGUUGGCAGAAAGAAAAUAUAUUCGCAGAAAAAACACGUUCUUAAGCGAAGCUAGUUUCUUUUAUCUGUGAAAUAAACAGUCUACAGAACACAA